UAAGCAUUAAUGGAGAAAACAACCAAAUUUGAUGAUUAAAACCACCUCGUUUUCAACGCCCAAGACCACAGAAUCCUCUCUUUAACAAGUACUCAUUCAGCCUCACAAACUCACCUUUAAUUAUCUCUCAUUAAACAUGUCGUCUCCUUCGCAUCCUAUUGUCCUCACCAGCUCCCUUAAUGGUUCCAUUACUGCCUUCGAUGCUGUCUCUGGUGUCCCUCUUUGUCACUUCUCUGGCAGCAGGUCUCCUUACCAUGGUCUUGCCCUUGUUGGCAACUCAUUCAUUGCUACUUCUCAUAUAUCUGCUGAGACUUCUUCAGCCUCUAUUCAUCUCUACAAUUGGUGGUCUUCAACAGCUCUGCACAAUUUUCUUGUUCCAGAACCUGUUGCACCCUUGUCAGCUACCCUUGAUGGCUUGUAUUUGUUUGCUGGUGGCCUUUCAGGUUCUAUACAUGCUCUCUCAGUUCCUUCAGGGGAGAUACUCGCAUCAUAUUCAGCACAUAACAAGCCUGUUUCCUGCCUCAAAAUAAGUGAAGAUGGGUCACUAUUGAUAUCUGGUGGUGAUGAUGGUACAAUUUCUUUUGUUCCAAUCUUUCAAAUCAUCGAGGCAUCACCUGAUAAGAGCUCCACCAGCUUGAUGUUGCAGAGAUUUGUUGCACAUGAUGGCUCAGUGACAGCAAUAGACUCUAUUAUGGCACAGUGCAACUCUACCAUAAUAUCAAGCUCGCUGGAUUGCACGAUUAAGAUUUGGGGAUUGUUGGAUGGAACAAAGUUAAGAACAGUGACAUUCCCAUGUGCCAUUAUGGGGAUAGCAUUGGAUCAAAUAAGGAAAGAAUUUUUUGCUGCAAGCUCUGAUGGAUUCAUCUACAAGGGAUCAAUAAAUGCUGGAAGCAAAAAGCAUGUGAAUCAAACACAGGAGUUCAUUAGAUGGGCUCAAAAGCAUGAGAGUGGGAUUGUAUCUUUAGUUAUGGUGAGUGAGACAAACAAUUUGGUAUCUGCUUCAGAAGAUGGGAAGGUUUAUAUAUGGGAGAUUGAAACAGGUGAGGCCAUUAUGGGACUUGAUAAUGAUGUAGGGAGCAUUAGUGAUAUGGUGGUAGCUAAUGGUAUGGAGCGAGGCUUAAAAUUUGGUAAAAAGGCUGACAACGUUUAUGAUGGAUAUAGUGGAUUAUGCAGGGUGGAGCUGAGCAGGUCACUAAAGGACACUUUGGACAUAGAAGAUGUGUUGAGGGUGGCUACAAAAGACCGAAGCAGAGCCAUUGAUAUGCUUGAGUCAGCAAUUUCAGCGUAUGAAAGGUUGCUACAGCUCAUUCUCAAGGAAGCCAAGAAAGGACCUAGUAGCAGCAAAAGUUGAAACGAAAAACAUAGCCUCUAAUACAAUAUAUAUAUUGCCUCUAAAUUCUUCUAUGCAAAGUAAAAUGAAGACAAAUGCAGUUUGUUCGAAUAUGCCUUUCCCCUUUCUGUUCUUUUUUUUUCUUGGUAUGUGCAACUGCUUUUUUACCUAUUGAAAUCAUGAUUUAAAUAUUGGAGAUAA